GUCAGUCAGUGUCAGUCUUUAACAGUAUUGAAGGUCGUCUGUACAGUCGGACCGAUCUGACUCCAGUCCAGCAGGCAGCAAGAGGAAUCGCUGAGGCUGCUCAAAGCGGUCGGACACACAGACAGAAAAUACAAAUUAAAAAACGCGUUCACAAUGUGAGGAUGUAGUGUGAACUAGCAUGUGCCUCAUCUUUCUCUCUGCAGAGCGACCAAAGUCUGACGCCUGGAAGAUCAACUUUUCUUGACGGUCAGUGACUCUCUGAGGUCAGAUCUGCUCCUUUAAGAAGUGAAGAUUUAACCCAAAGUACUCAACGUGUUUCUGUAUGUGUGUGUUUCUGUGUGUGUGUGUUUCUGUGUGUGUGUGUGUUUCUGUAUGUGUGUGUUCAGGCUCGUCUCAGCACUGACACCAGUGUGAACAGCGCCUCUGAAGCCGACAAUUUCUGUCUGUUUGUUUCUCUGUUUGGGUUUCAUCCUGUGAGAUUUACAACAUCCACGACCUGCUGGAACAGGUUCCCAGUGGAUACCACAAGAGGACAGUGCUGAGUCUGUCUCCGGACGUCAAAGGAAACUCCUUCAUCAAAGAACUGCGGUGGAUCCAGGUGAACAGCUCUGAGGAGGCCUGACUGAUGAAGAACGCGAAGAAGAAGCAGAGUUUCUCCUUCACCAGACUGAACCAGCUGUCCAGCAGGAGGUCAGCUGCUGCUGCCGCAAACAGUGCACAGCCACAGCAUCUUCUCCAUCCGGAUCCUCAGAGCGGACGACGGCGGAGUUCCGUUGGCUCUGUGCGACGUUAUCGGACUCACAACACCGGAGAGCGACUGAAGGAAGCAGGAAACAUCAACAGCUCUCUGCUGACACUCAGGAAGUGCAUCAACGCCAUGAGACUAAACGAACACGCCAAGAACGACAACACUGUGUUCCAGCACCACAUUCCCUUCAGGGAGUCCAAGCUGACCCACUUCCUGCAGUUCUUCUUCAGUGGUGCCAGCCGGGUCUCCAUGGUGGUCAACAUCAACCAGAACUCGUCCUGCUUCGGACGAGAUGCUCAACGCCCUCACCCAGAAGCUGCACUAUACAACACAGGAAAUGAGCUUUCCAGGCCUGCUGAUGACCAGUACAGAUGGUGACAACAGCAGUGGAUCGAGUGACAGGAGGAUUACAGCGAAGGACAGAUGGCAGCCGCGGCACUGCCAAGCAGAAGGCUGCCGGGCUGAAGCCAAAGUGGGAGAUACAGCAGGUGAUCAGAGCAAUAUGGUGGAGGAAACGACCUGCUGAAAACACAUUCUGACCCUUCAAACGUUCCUUACUCAAGAAACAAAGCAAGACCAGCUGUAGCAUUGUGUCAUUAUUUCAUAUGAUAAAAGAUUUGCCUUGAAUUGGAUAAGUGAUUGAUAUUAUUUAUGUGAGUAUGUGGCUACAGCAAAUCGUCAGGGCAGCUGUGGCUUAGUGGUAGAGUGGGUCAUCCACUAAUCGGAAGGUUGGCGGACCAAUCCUGGCUUCCCCCCUUCCACAUGUUGAAGUGCCCUUGGGCAAGAUGCUGAACCCUUGGUGUGUGUGUGAAUGGUUAGCUAAUUUCUCUGAAGUGAUGAGCAGUUAGCCCCUGCCAUUAGUGUGUGAAUGUGAUAUGUCAUGUGAAGCGUUUUGAGUUGUCGGAAAGACUAGAAAGGGGCUAUACAAGCUUACUUAGUUUGAAUGUAUACAAAGUGCUGAUUUUGUCUAUAAAAUAAUGCACAUUUUUCAUUUUAUCUACAACUUUCUCUUACCCUGGUUCCACAGGCUCCUAGUCAAUUAUUUCCCAAAAAUCAACAUGUAGAUUAAACAUCAGUAUUGAUACUCAUUUGUUGCUUUAGCUUGGCAGAACAUUGUGGUUGUCUGGAAGCUCAGCAUGUGACGCUGUGCCUGCAUCCCUUGAUGCUGUGGUUUCAAAUCCAGCCUACUUCCAUCUGUAUCCUGUUAUUUCCUACUGUAUCUUGAGGCAGAAAAAACCCUAAACCACACUGAGAGAACCAUGACACCAAACACUGCUGAAUAAAUCACCACAAGAUGAAUCCAAUGUGCCUCCAUCUUUUGUAUUAUACUUUCUGGCCUUCUUCUAGCAUCUGCUCAGGAAACAACGCGCCACCUCCUUGCAACACAAAUAAUCCCUAACGACGACAACAUGUGUAACAAAAUGAAAUCUUAAAGAGAUUCCCCUAAA